GGUCACAUGUGAGUGAGACGCAGAGUGCAUGUCUGCUGCCUUUCACUGGGUUUGGAGUAGUGACACUUAGACGAUCAUCUGUAAUCUAGCGAUCAUCUGUCUACGUGGUUCGUUACUUUGUUGUUGCGUGUUCAGAGUAUUUCGCGUUUUUCACAGGCAGGAUGAGCUGUCCACAGAAAGACACCACAGAACCGCACGUCCUCAAGGAGGAGGUAAUUGUUAGUGGAAAAUGGGUGAAACUUGAGAAGACUGUGUACAUGGACCCCUCUGGAAAUACAAGAACAUGGGAAACAGCAAAAAGAACAACAAGACAAGUCCACACUGCUACAGACGGUGUGGAACUCAUCGCCAUACUGAAGAGGACCCUGCAUAAAGACUGUGUUGUCUUGGUAAAGCAGUUUAGGCCACCAAUGGGAUGCUACACUUUGGAGUUUCCUGCAGGUCUUCUUGAUGACGGAGAGAGUGCUGAGACUGCUGCACUGAGAGAGCUGAAAGAAGAGACUGGCUAUAAGGGAGAAGUGGUUGGGGUCACUCCAGUCACAUGCCUUGACCCGGGCCUUUCUAACUGUACCACUCAGAUUGUGAUGGUCAACAUAAAUGGCGACGAUAUAGAAAACAUAAACCCCUCUCAGCAGCUGGGUGAUGGAGAGUUUGUGGAAGUCAUUCUUCUGCCUCUAGAUGAAUUUCAAAAGAAAAUUAAUGAGCUAAUGAAGAAGGAGAAAAUUGUGGUGGACUCCAAAGUGUACAUUUAUGCCAUGGGAAUAUCCCAAGCCUACUUUAAACCCAGAGAGCUGCCUGUGCUCAAACAGUGAUGUGUGCUAUCCACGUGGCAUCCAUUCUUAAAAACAGUAGAGCUAAGACCAUGAAAGGAAAUCAUGGUUAACAAGGCAAGUGUAAAUCCAGUUUCACAGCAGGUGAGAAUCUUGGAGCUGCAUAUUAGGACUUGGGUAAUUACUACACGUCAUUUGAACAUUCCUAACACGACCUAACAGGCUUAUAUUGGUUGUCUUCUGUAAUCUAUAAUAUGUUAGUCUUAUAGAAUUGACAGCAAAAUAACUUCACGACAACAUCUCACCAAAACAUCAACAAGUGUACAAGAUUUAGCUUAUCUCCAGAGCGCGUGUGGGUUUCUCGAGUCCACGCAGAAGCGACGUGUUCCAGGCUGUAGCUGAUGCAUGCACUCAAGUCCAAAAGACCAAUCAUCAAUAUUUGCUAUUUUGAAGUCAGCAAUGAACUAAACAUCUUGGAAUGCAUUUGUGUUCAGUUGCUGCUACACUGAGACCUAAAGCCUCACCAAAAGCGGUUAUACAAGAUCUGUAUGAAUUUUUAAUAAACUUUCUAAUAAACUGAUAUUUACAUUGUU